AUGCUCCUCGUCCCAGACUUGGUGAUCACGAACCUAAUGGAGGGUUUCAUCUGUGGGCCUUGCCGUGCGCCAUUCUCGCCACCACCUGCGACGCUCAGUGGGAUUGUGUUUGAGCUUGAGAGCAUGCCUGUGGUUGGAGAUGGUACACGAUCUGCCAAGGUUUUUGCUUCAGUCAGCGAGCGGGAUCGCAAGGGCCUGGAUAGGGUGGCAAGCCUCUUCUCUUAUGGGUCAUUGGGAAACCUCGUGAGCGCUGUUGGGUCGGGGGGUUUGCUGCGAAGGGUGCAGCAGCUGGCUGCAAACGAGUUCCUCAAUCAGUCCAGGGCUCAGAAUGAGGGUUUGAGGAGGGAGAGAGAUGCAGCCCGCCAGGAAGUGUUCGCAGCUCAGAAAGAGAAGGAGGCUGCAAGCGAGCUCGCUGGAAAGUGGCAAAGCGUGUGCGGGGAAUUGGAGGAGACGGGGAAAGCCCGUUUGGCAGAGGUCCAGCACGAGUUGUGGCGAUGCAAGGCCGACUUGGAUGACAUAAAUACAAGGUUUGAGACGGCGAGCAAGGAGCUCCGAGUAGCAAAGAAAGAGCUGACUGCAGUUCGGAAGGCUGGGGGGGCGCAGAAGGCUGUGAUCAAAGACCUAAGGGAGAAGCAAUCACAGCGCACUAAGCAAGAAAAAAGCAAGGUGUGGUUGAAGGCGGAGAUUGCGAGACUGUCUCAGAAGCUAAGCGGUCAAGAGCGUGGCGGAGCUGUGGCAGUAGCGGCGAUUGGGCCGUUGGGGAAGAGGCGGCGGAAAGCGCGGGUGCUCAACCCUGCACGGCGGGCGCAGAAUGACCGGAAUACGAAAGUGCGGGAGGCACUAGUGGGAGCUCUUGCCAAAGUCAGGGACGCGGUGGGGACCGGAGAAAACCCGCGGGAGGAUGAGAAGCGGGCCCUGGAGGCUGUGGCGAAGGCGCUGGCAGUGAAGUCUGGGAAGAAGCUCAUCACAGCUCACCCCGAAUUGCUUGUGCCGGAGCGGGUGGGUAAGAAGUUGCGGGAGGAAGGGGAGAAGGAGGUGGUUGCGUGGAUGAGGAACCCUGCGCGGUGGCUGAAAAUGAUGGAUGUUGGGGACAUCAGUUUCAGUCGCGCUGACAAGUUGACUGUGGCGUUUCCGCUGGGUUCCAAGCCCCCGAACAAGGACAUCAUCUUGGAGAAGAAGGUCCUGAACGCAGUGAUGCAGCAAGUGAACCCUAUCUCUCCUACCCCCGGGGGAAAUGGGCACCAGUUUGGGCUUGCACGAGGGGUUGAGCUUGUGCUCCCGCUGUGGUUGGACGAGAUGAAGAAGGCAGGGAAGGCGGUGCGGGUCAACUGGGAUACCAAGAAGGGAAAGAUAUUGAUUGCCUGGACAAUGGAUGCGAGGACGCGGAACCACCGCGACUUCAACACCUUGGUGUUCCUUGCCAAGGAGGACGGCCUGGAGUUCCUGUGGCAGUCCCGGAGAUGGGUGUUCACACAUGCUGAGAUACGGGGCAAGGACAACCGGAAGAACAUUGAGGGUGACCUUAAGCCUGCGCUACAGGAGGUUCAGGAACUGUACAACGGCAAGACAAUUACGAUAAAGCUCAGAGACCCCGAGACUCUGGAGCUGGUCGCUGUCGAGAUGACCUUCAAGGUCCUCAUCCCUGGCGACAUGUCGAUGCACUGGUCCCUCUUCCAAGAGGGUGGUGGCCGGGGAGGGCGUGAUGCUCGUCCUUGCGGGCGGUGCAAUUGCACCAAGGAGGACCUCGGAAAAGCAUUUGAGCGGUACGAGAUCAAGGAGGGGGAAACCUUGGAAGAGAUUUCGAUUCGCCUCCGAUACUCUUCCGAAUUCCUGCGUGAGAUUAAUCCGCCUCUAACCAACCCCAUGGAGUUAGUAUACAGGAAGUUCCAAAAGCCGCUCCCUGCGCCGGCGCAACCGGAGCCGCCAGUUCAGCCACCCGCAAAGCGGAAGAAGAAAGGUGGUCCUCCGCCGCCCCCUCAAACUGUCGAGUGGGCUCCCACGAUCUCGCUGGACAGGGACAGUCUGCCGGACGACAAACAACCCAUUGGAGCGGGGUUUAUCCGCGUCUUCAUCAGAUGGGCAAUGAACCGCGAGUGCCCGCACGCGUUCCUGAAGGUCGAGCACGAGGAUGCUCCGUUCUGCUCCGAGCACAUGACGGCUCGGGUGGUCGAGAACUUCCUGAAGUGGGUGCACACACGUGCUCAAGAACGGGCGCAAGUCGACGAGAUCAACGCAAGGUGGAAGGCCUUGAAGAUCAACUACGCUAUCAGGAAGAAGCCUCAGGGCGCCGGGGAAGGAUACAAGGACCCUAGUUGCAAAGGGAAGGUGGCUCGGGACCUCCUGCACAAGGUCGAGGAGUGGCUGCCCCUGCUGUUGAAGCCCGGCGAGGACCAGAUUCUGGAGAUCUGGCAACUCUUCCGCCGGAUGGUUGCGACAGCGCGGGCGUAUCAUCCAAACCAAUCCCAGAUUCAGGAGUUUCGAACGGAUGCUGCCCGGCUUUUCGUCCUGCACCGUCUGCGUCUCACGGACGAAAAUUUUGCAUACUACAUCCACACAGUCUGUUGUCACGGUUAUGAGUAUCUGCUUCGGUGGGGUCUUGGCCGCGUGAUGCAGGAAGCUGUUGAGGCUGAGCACCUGGACAAGGACAAGAUCGUCGAGGGCACCUUCCAGGGCGGGAAUCCGGGGAACCCGUACCUGAGGAAGUCCAAGGGCGAGGACGGCCGAUGGCACUAUGACAAAGACGGCCCUCGAAAAGAAAUGAAGAAACAACACAUCACGGAGUACGUGAUGCAGAAGACAAACCGGCUUUUGUACUAUCGAUUAAGUCACUACUGGGAUCAAACGUGGUUAGCCGAUCUGUUCAGCCAGCUUAGAGCGAAUCUCGCUGCAUUUGAGACCGUCUCGCAACGGGAUGUCGAGGCAGAUAUAGAUGACGAUGACGAGCUUCUGGAGGCCGUCCUCAACGAGGAGGAGGAAGAGGCAAGUCGGAGGGCCCGUGAUGCCGACAUGUUUGAUCUGACAUUUGCACCUUAA